UAUAUAUAACACACACACUCUCUCAGCAAACUCUUCUCAUAUUGUCAAUCCAACUCUCCAUUUUUUUCCCCUGUUUUUGGCUUACCCACUCCACACGAGCCAUCUCUCUCACCAAACACACUGAAAAUCAACUCCCCAUCUUGCUAAAAAGUAAAAAUUUCCCAUCUAGGACCUCAAAACUAGAGAUUGUAGGGAUUUGGGUUUGGGUCAACGGGUUGGGUUCUUGAACUAUUACAAAGUCAAGGUAGUGUAAAGAAAUGAAAUAAUUUGGGGUUCAACAAAGAAAGAAAAAGGGAUGUGGGAGAUCUGGAGCUCGGCUUUCUUUUUGCUGUUUCAUUUGGUGUUAGGGGUAUCCGGUAAUGUAGAAGGCGAUGCCCUGAACGCAUUAAGGACGAAUUUAGCUGAUCCGGGUAAUGUUCUUCAGAGUUGGGAUCCUACUCUUGUCAAUCCCUGCACCUGGUUUCAUGUUACAUGCAAUAGUGAAAAUAGCGUCACGCGUGUUGAUCUUGGAAAUGCAAAUCUAUCUGGUCCACUGGUUACACAACUUGGUAACCUACCGAAUUUGCAAUACUUGGAACUUUACAGCAAUAACAUAAGUGGAAAAAUUCCAGAUGAGCUUGGGAAUCUGACAAACUUGGUGAGCUUGGAUCUUUACUUGAACAACUUACAGGGUCAGAUUCCAAAGACGUUGGGCCAGCUUCAGAAACUCCGUUUCUUGCGUCUCAACAACAACACCUUGUCGGGAACAAUUCCUAUGAAUUUAACUACGGUUACCUCCUUGCAAGUCCUGGAUCUUUCUAACAACGAACUAACAGGAGAUAUUCCUACCAAUGGCUCAUUCUCUUUAUUCACGCCUAUAAGUUUUAACGGUAAUAAACUUAAUCCUCUUCCAGCUUCUCCGCCACCUUCUCUUACUCCACCACCGGGCGCUUCUAAUGGGAAUAGUGCCAUUGGAGCUAUUGCUGGAGGAGUUGCUGCUGGUGCUGCCCUGCUGUUUGCUGGCCCUGCAAUUGUACUUGCUUAUUGGCGUCGUAGAAAACCACAGGACCAUUUCUUUGAUGUACCUGCUGAAGAGGACCCAGAAGUUCAUCUUGGACAGCUUAAAAGGUUUUCUCUGCGUGAGCUACAAGUUGCAACUGACAAUUUUAGUUCCAAAAACAUUUUGGGCAGAGGUGGAUUUGGAAAGGUUUAUAAAGGACGUUUAGCUGAUGGUUCUCUAGCAGCUGUUAAAAGACUGAAAGAGGAGCGCACCCAGGGAGGGGAACUGCAGUUUCAGACAGAAGUUGAGAUGAUCAGCAUGGCUGUGCAUCGAAACUUGCUUCGUCUACAAGGAUUUUGCAUGACUCCAACUGAGCGGUUGCUUGUUUAUCCUUUUAUGGUUAAUGGAAGUGUAGCAUCAUGUUUAAGAGAGCGUACAGAAUCACAACCCCCUCUUGAUUGGCCAAAAAGGAAGCGAAUUGCAUUAGGAUCUGCCCGAGGGCUGGCUUAUUUGCAUGAUCAUUGUGAUCCGAAGAUUAUUCACCGUGAUGUGAAAGCUGCAAAUAUAUUGUUAGAUGAGGAAUUUGAAGCAGUUGUUGGAGAUUUUGGGUUGGCAAAACUCAUGGAUUACAAAGAUACUCAUGUUACUACUGCAGUACGUGGCACAAUAGGGCAUAUAGCACCCGAGUACCUAUCAACAGGAAAGUCUUCAGAGAAGACUGAUGUUUUUGGGUAUGGAGUCAUGCUUCUUGAACUUAUUACUGGACAAAGGGCUUUUGAUCUUGCUCGGCUUGCAAACGAUGACGAUGUGAUGUUACUUGAUUGGGUGAAGGGACUUCUAAAAGAUAAGAAGUUGGAGAUGCUGGUUGAUGCUGAUCUUCAGGGAAUUUACACGGAUGAUGAGGUUGAGCAACUGAUCCAAGUUGCUCUACUGUGUACACAAAGCUCCCCAAUGGAACGACCCAAGAUGUCAGAGGUGGUCAGAAUGCUUGAAGGGGAUGGAUUGGCGGAGAGAUGGGAGGAAUGGCAGAAAGAGGAGAUUUUCCGCCAAGAGUUUAACCACACUCACCACCCAAACACUAAUUGGAUCGUAGACUCCUCAUCCCACAUCCCUCCAGAUGAAUUGUCCGGACCCAGAUGAUCCUCCCUUUUUAAGGGCACCAUGGAAGUCUCUUCAAGGGCUAUUGUGUUUGAAAGUGAUAUCAACCAUUGUGCAUAAACUGUUUUUUCCAUUUACCUUUCCUUUCCUUUCUUUUCAAUGUCUAGUUUUAUAUCAUAUAUUGAAGUUUCUCGCUGCUGUAAUUUCUAUAGGGAGAUAUGAAAGUUAAGGUGCCAUCAAACACGGCAGGAAGGGGCCAUGGAAGCACCCAUAUCACUUUUAAGUAUUAUAGAGAUUUAGUCAAGAUUGUUACAGGAAUAAAUAGAAUCAUAUUUUUCUUCUCCA